AUGGGGAGCACCGAGAGCCCCUCUCCCCCUCCACAGGCCUGGACUCAGCCACAGCACCAGGUGUCUGCCAGUGUGGAACGUGGCUUCGUUAAGGCCCCAGACAAGGCAGACGGGAACACCGGAACUCACGGUUCCCACUCCCAAAACCGUCCUCCCAUGCCACCUGCAAAAAGUAAUUUGUUCUUGGUGAGCCUGGCAUUGGCUGACCUGGUGGUGGCCUUGUACCCCUACCCACUAAUCCUCGUGGCCAUCUUCCACGACGGCUGGGCCCUGGGGGAGGUGCACUGCAAGGCCAGUGCCUUUGUGAUGGGCCUGAGCGUCAUCUGCUCCGUCUUCAACAUCACUGCCAUUGCCAUUAACCGCUACUGCUACAUCUGCCGCAGCGGGGCCUACCGCCGGACCUGCCGGCGCUGGCACACCCCACUCUACAUCUGCCUCGUCUGGCUCCUCACCGUGGUGGCCUUGGUGCCCAACUUUUUUGUGGGGUCCCUGGAGUACGACCCACGCAUCUACUCCUGCACGUUUAUCCAGACAGCCAGCGCCCGGUACACGGUGGCAGUGGUGGUCAUCCACUUCCUCCUCCCCAUGGCUGCCGUGUCCUUCUGCUACCUGCGCGUCUGGGUGCUGGUGCUCCGGGCCCGAAGGAAGGCCGGGUCGGGGAGCAGGCUGCGCCCGCGGCCCGGUGACGUCCGGAGCUUCCUCACCAUGUUCGUGGUGUUUGUGAUCUUCGCCAUCUGCUGGGCCCCGCUGAACGGCAUCGGCCUUGCUGUGGCCGUCAGCCCGGAAGAGGUGGCUCCUCAGGUCCCAGAAGGGCUCUUCGUCGCCAGCUACUUCCUGGCUUACUUCAACAGCUGCCUUAACGCCGUCAUCUAUGGGCUCCUGAACCGGAACUUCCGCAGGGAAUACAAGAAGAUUGUCCUAGUCCUCUGGAACCCGUGGUUCUGCUCUCAGGACACUGCCAGGGGCAGCCGCCCGGGGGGGCAGCGGGGCCAAGCUCUGCCUGUCAGUGCCCAGCACCCCUUCCAGGCAGGCGCUGUCUAG